UGCCAUUUUUAAUGAAACUAGUUUUAACCAAUGCAAAUGGCUACUUUGUGGCUAGGGCUACUUUGUUGGACAGUUCCAUAAAUUAAAUCUGUUGCCGUCUUCCGCAUAAUGGUCUCACCUUGCUUUGUGAGGCUUAUGGUUCAGUUUCUUCCUGCCUACUUCCUUCCUUCUUCCUCCAUUGUUUGUCCCUUGUAACCUAAAAAUUAGGUUGGAUUGUAAAAAUUUUCCCUACCGUUCAUUAUGCUGGAAUAACAGGUACAGAAAACGCCAGCUGUAAAAUUAACAGGAAAUACUGUUUUCCCAAGGACAUACUGCAGCUAUAAAAAAGUUAUAAUGACCUCCUGCUCUAAGUAACAAUGUAUUUCUUACCAACCACCAGGCUUGUUUUCUGAAAUUGUAGGCUAUCCGGAACUUUGUUGUUGGAAAUGAUACGAACAAAAAUGGAGAGUCUUGCCCAGGGGGUCUGAGCCAUUGAGUGGACUUGGGUACAGAGAUCCAGGUAAAGAGCUUCAUAACAUGGUACAUCAGUAGUUCUCAACCUUCCUGAUGCUGCGACCCUUUAAUACAGUUCCUCCUGUCCUGGUGACCCCCAACCAAAAAUUAUUUUCACUGCUACUUUGUAACUGUAAUUUUGCUACUGUUAUGGAUUGUUAUGUACAUAUAUGUAUGUUUUCUGAUGGUCCUGGGUGACCCCUGUGAAAGGGUUUGUAUGACCCCUAAAGGGGUUGCAACCCACAGAUUGAAAACCACUAUGUUACAUCUAUCUUAAUUUUAUUGCUUUUAAAGCAAGUAAGACUCUGGGUCCCCUUGGCAGUGAAGACUUGAUGAGCCAUUCAGACUGUGCUGCUUGACUCUCAUUGGACAACCAGGCUCACUUGGCUGAGACUGGGGAUAGGUUACUGGGGUUACUGGGCUUUGCAGCCAAAAGCAUGGGGUAUGCUGUCCAUUGUGGCUGCUGCUUUGAAUAAAAAUUCUGGAAAGAAAAAAAAAAGCCAAAGUAUGUUAAACAUUCUAACAAGCUGACCAACUGAUAAGAACUUAAAUGAUCCCGGAUCAGUGGAAUGUUGCAGGUCUACAGCUAAAUUAUCUCAAACCAUUAUUAACCCUUCAAAUAGCCAUUUAUUGCUCAUAUUUGCACUUGACCUGACACCCUUGUGGCUGUCAGGUAAAACCCUCUUUGGAACGUAUACACAUAAGUGUAGCUUUCCACUGUCAGCCAAGAAUUGCCAUCAAAUAGCCUGAGGCCUGGAGCCGGGAUUGCUCUACUUGACUGUGGCCUGCCCACCUGAUGUUUCUACUAAUACAUCCGAACAGCUUCUUGGUUUGUCAUUUUGUUCUGCUACUAUAAAAAUGUCAUACUGUUAUUACUUUGGAGCAUGGUAUUUGGGGUAAUCUCUGUGUUCUCUGGGCCAUUACACUCAUAUUUGGCUCCAGAAUAAAUUCUGUCUUAGUCGCUAUGUUGACAUUGUGCUGACGGUGGGCGCCAUGCCGCUGUGCACUGCAAUGUACUGCAGAUACCCGUCAGCCAUUUUCCGGUGUUUCUGGCAGAGCCCUUGCAGCAGCCCACUCCAUUAUGUAACUGGUCCCUGGGUCCUGAGUUCUUCAUUGCUGUUUUCUGGGUCUGUGCCUUUGGCUUAAGAUUGAUUUCAUCCCUGGGGUAGAAAAGUGAAAAGAGUAUGACCAAAGCCUGUAGCAGGAACAGCAGGGCCACCUCUAGGCAAAUGCUGAGGUGGGGUAGGGUAGGGUGGGACACAGCCACAAAAGCAUCUCCUGCAGCAGGACCUAAUUGAGGAUUGCCCGAGAGACCAAGGAUUGCUGGUGCAGAUAAUGCCAGCCAAUCAGGGACUGCUGUUUAGAAGCUAUGCUUUCUUGGAACCAAUGAGGUGCGAGUGGGGGGAGCUCGCAGAUGAGCUUGCUGCUGUUUUUCUCACCUGCUCCCAGAGUCUGUGUUGUUGACUCUGCAUCACCUCACCUCCAAGCCCCAAGGACAGGUAGGGUCAGGCGAGAAGUCCAAGGCACAGGUAACAAAAGCCUGUGAUGAAAACUCCAUCUCGUGAUGUGUCCCUUCUUAACUAUGGUCCCAUGAGCUAUACCAUGUAUAUCCUACAUACAGUGCUGUUGGUCUACAUCAAGAUCUUCCAGAUGCUCCACAGGCGGCUUCAGCACACCAAGCUAAUGACCAUGCAAGAGCCACCCUCUAGGUGAAGAUCUGUGGGACUAAGUCAUUGGGGGUGACGGUGGGGUCAUGUUCUGAGCUUGGUACUAGUGAAUGCCAUCAGUUUUAUCCAACCCCUUCCUCCUUUUCAGCCAGUCCAGGCUAAGGACAGAUGUGGUGGGUACAGCCAUUCUCUUGUCACAUGCCAAUGCAGCUGUCCAUUCCAGUUUAUGCCUGCUUGGGUGGAGGCUGCCACUACUUUACAAAGUCACCUAUGGGCAUAUGCCAGGUAGAUGCCAAGAGUAGGAAUGGACAGAUGGACAGGAUGCGACACAGCCUUCUCUCAGUGUGGCCUAUGACCUUAGCUGUGGUCUCCUCCAGAAGGCGCAGACCUGCAAGAAACAGAAAGAGGAGGCCUGCGCGGCUGAUGCACACUGUGAAAUGUCAGUUACCUUUUCCAUUGCCGUGAUCCAACACCCCAGAGAGCAACCGAGAGGAGAACGUGUUUAUUUCGACUUACAGUUGUAUCCAGCUCACUUUCUUCUUGCUCAGCGGGUGACCCCUCUCCAUGGAAAAACACUGCUCAGGUUAGGGUGGCUCUGCCCACCUCAGGUAAACCUAAUCUAGAUCUCCUCUUACAGACAUGCCUAGGGACUUGUUUUCAUGGUGAUCUUAGUCCCAUCAAGUUAGCAUUGGCGAUAAAUCGUCAGGGACAGUUUACCUCAGGGAGUUGUGGCUCUGUUUGUACUGCCCUGGGGAUGCAUACAGCAAGCUGAUAGGCAUGCGUGAUAAGAAGGCUCCAAGGGUUGUGCAGAAUUUUAAUGGUUCUGUGGUGUGGCUUGCUGUGGGGAUGAUGUUGACAUCCUAAAUGGAUUCUGAAAGACUGUUGUUUUUCUUCUUCUAAGAAUCUGCUGCAUCUUUUAUGGUAGAAAAUGAAAGUAUUUUACUUUGGAACACUGUAAAGAAUUACAAUGUAACUAUUUUGAAACCUAGAAGCAGCAGAAACAAUAAAAGAUGGUUAUACUAAAAAUGUGCAUUUUGCUCUUAGGAGGGUAGCCUAGAAAAGUAUUAAUUUGUCAUCAAGAAACUAAUGUUUUGUCUGGUGUUUGAAGACAAUCUCGCUCUGGCCUGGAAUUAACAUGUAGCCGAGGAGGACCUUGAAUUUAUGAUCUCCCUGCCUCUACCUCUCAAGUAGUAUAUACUUACAGGCAUGUGUCAGCACUCACAGCUUGGUACGUUUGGUUUUCUUUUGUUUUGUUUUGAGUCAGAGUCUCACUAUGCAGCCCUAGUUUACUGGAACUCAUUGUGUAGACCGAGCUGGCCUCAAACUCAGAGCUCCUCCAGAACAGUAGGAAGAGUACCUGAUGCACUGUCUUUCACAACGGACAUAAGCAUUGUCCUCUUGUUUAUUGUGGGUCCUUCUCAUGGGAGAGCCCACGGCUGAAGCCACACUGAGAGCAUAUCCACUUGCCUCAGAAUGGAAUUAAAAGCAUAUGCUACAAUGCCAAGCAUCUCAACUUAAAAACUUAUUUAUUUUUAUUGUAUGUGUAUGGAUGUACCAUGUGUGUGCUUGAGGAAGCAAGAAGAGGGUGUCAGAUUCCCUGGAACUGGAGUUACAGGCAUUGUGAAUCACCAUGUGUGUGCUGGGAAUCAAACCCUGGCCCUAACCCCACCUUCUUAUUUUUUUUUUAAUAUUAAAAACAAAUGGUUUCAUUAUGUGGCCCUGGCUGCUCUUGAAUUUGUGACCCCUCUGCCCCCCAAGUGCUGCCAAGAACAGAAGUGUGUAACGCCAUGCAUGUCUAGCAGUUAACUUCAUUAGAAAAUGGCUUUUGCUUUGGAGUGGGGUCUUGCUAUGUAGCCCAAACUGGCCUUUCCCUCUGUAGACUAGACUAGCCUCGAUCUUGUGAUAAUUCUCUUGCUUCUGCUAUGUGAGUGCUGGGAUUACAGGCAAGUGCCAUUACAAGGGGCUUAGACUUGUCUGACUAGGCUAGAACAACUUAAAACACUGACAUCCACUGGGUUCUGCCUCUGUCCAUUAUGCUUCUGCACAUCCUUUUGGAGGACCUCGCUUACUUCCAUCCAUCUGCUUAGGACUCUCAGACCCCAGACUCAAGCCUUUCUCCAGUACUGAGGACGUCUUCUUCAGGUCUACCCACAAGUUCCUCUGCGUAUUCAAAACUCUCUUCUUGGCUGACCUUUUCUUCGGUUGGAGGAAGAUCGAUAUUCACUGAGGUACUGACCACCUCAGGGUAUGGGAUGGGUGCGCACGCUCCUCACCAAUAACAGCUUAUUUUUUCAUGGGUGUGAUCAAACUGUAGCAAUUCAGACAUCUGAUCAAUGUCCUAAGACCUGGAAAGUCGGGAAGGUGGAAAUGCCCUGAUGUGUUUCCUGUCUCCUCAUCCUUCCACAGAGAGUUGAGUUUCUUUCUUCCUUUCUUUCUUCCUUCCUUUCUUUCUUUCUUUCUUUCUUUCUUUCUUUCUUUCUUCCUUCCUUCCUUCCUUCCUUCCUUCCUUCCGUUCUUUCUUUCUUUCUAUGAUUUAUUUAUUUUCCUUCCUUCCUUCCUUUCUAUGAUUUAUUUAUUUUAUACACGUGGGUACACUGUAGCUGUCUUCAGACACACCAGAAGAGGACAUCAGAUCUCAUUACAGAUGGUUGUGAGCCACCAUGUGGUUGCUGGGAGUUGAACUCAGGACCUCUGGAAGAGCAGUCAGUGCUCUUGUCCACUGAGCCAUCUCUCCAGCCCGAGAGUUGAGUUUCAAAGUGAAGGUCUCAUGUCUCUCUUCCACUUUGAUCUCCCAUGGAGUCUACCUUGAAGUCCAUUCAGUGUCUCCACCUUAUCCAGUCCCCACAUGCUCUGUGUGUGUUUCUGGGAAUCUGUCUCAGGGCUUUGGGCAAGUCAGGCUCACAUUCUACCUCUGAGCUCUAUUCCCCGCCUCAACACCCUACCCUUCAGGGGCUUUGGGAGUCGCACAGACAUCUGCCUUCACGAAGCCUAGAGGCCUUCUUCAGGGCUCAUUUAAAAAGCUCUGCAGAGCGGCAAGGAGUGUGGCCUGUGUGUAGCUAGGGGAAGGGAUGAGUAGGGACAAAGCUUUGCUUUCACUCUCCCUGGUUUUCUCUUGCUUCAGAUCAAAGCCAGAGUCUUGUGCGUGCUAGGCAGGUGCUUUGCCCCAGCUCUCCCCACCCCCAUCUCUCUCGAACACUCCUUUAAACAACUUCAGAGGUCGACUUACUUGUCAAACACCCUCUUGUCACUCCAUCUUAUCACACCGCUGCUACUGUACUUCAUUGGAACAAAUCUGUAUUCCUCAUAUCUAUAUAGCCUUGACCCAGUGUCUACAGUUCCUCUUCCUCGCCCAUUUUAUAGCAUUAGUCACUAUGGAAUGAUCCUGAAAUUUCAAGUUUUUCCCCCUGGAGGGAAGAGACAAGAAGUUUCUGUUCAUGCUAUCUUGAACAGUCUUCCCUUUUAAGGACUGGUCAGCCCUGGGUGCACACACUAUUCUAGGGUGCGGCUGUGGGUAUCACCCUAAAGUCAUGUCAGAGCCCAUUACCCAACAAUAGUAUUAAGAGCUGUUGACAUUUAGAAAGUAAAUCAUGUGAGCUCCAGCCUCGUAGGUGGAACUGAUGCCAUUGUGUGAGAGAUUUGAGGCCAGACUGUGUGGCAUGUUAUCCCAGAACUAGGGAGGUGUGGUCAGUAUGAGGCCUUUAUCGCUGAGGUAAAAAGGUGGGCGAGUCAGGAAUAGAGCUCAGUGGUAGAGUACUGGGAUUAAAGGCAUGUGCCACUACUGCCCAUCUUUGAAAUAAAAAUUUAAGGGUACAGCCCACUACUAGGCUUCCCCAUGCCCCAGUGGAUGACUCUGCAGCCGUCCACAUAGCAGGAGUACUGACUGACUGCGGUGGGCUGAAAGGUUUUUUUUUUAAUAAAUAAAUAAAAAUAAAACUUAAGAGCUGGAAGUAUGGCACCACAUUCUUUGGAUCCUCUACCAUUCAAAGAUGACAAAAUUAUUUUAAAAAUUUGAGUAGCAUUUUGUGAGUCCAAAAGGCAUUAAGUGUGCUGAGAAGAUGGCUCAGCAUUUAAGAGCGGAUAACGUCUGAGGCCCUCGCUGAGGACGAGUCUGAUUCCCAGCAUCUGCAUUAGCUGGAAGACUAUCUGUAACUUUAAUUCCAGGGGUUCUGGUGCCUUUAGACUUCAUAAGCACCUGCACCCAUGCAUGCCUGUGUGAUGAGUGUGCAUGUGUACACGCACACACACACACACAUGAUUAAAAAGAAAUCUUUUAAAAUUAUUAGAAAAUCUUGCCCCGGCGUUGGGGAUUUAGCUCAGUGGUAGAGCGCUUGCCUAGGAAGCGCAAGGCCCUGGGUUCGGUCCCCAGCUCCGGAAAAAAGAACCAAAAAAAAAAAAAAAAAAAAAAAAAAAGAAGAAAAUCUUGCCCCAACAUGACUUCCUACUUAAAGAUGCAGCACACUAUGUAGGACGGGGGUGGGGUAGGCAGGCUGUCGUCACAGAAGCCCGUGUAGAGCCCAGGACGUGCAUGCUCCUGAAUAUGAUGUGUGAGCAGAGCCAGACUCCCAGCAGGAACACUGGGGACAGAACAGUGCAAAGGCAGGCAGUAUUCAAGACAGACACAUGGGGGACUAAGGUCAGUUCACAGUGUUUCGGGACAGGGUCUUGUAACCCGAGCUAGCUUGGAACUCACUCUGUACCCCACGCUGGCAGCUUCACUGUGGCUUCAAAGUAGAACAGACACACUCUCCCGGGUGUCACUUGCCAUCACUGUUUUCUAAGUCCUGGAACAGACCCCCAUCAGUAUCUCAAGACUUGUAACCUCCAGACAGGCCUGGAGAGCUGUCUUAUAUUGCCCCCCACCCCCUAAGGAUCACCAGGUCUGCCUUCACUAACUGAGGACAGGGCCUGCUGAACCUUCCUCAGUAUGUCACGUUGUGAGGCUGUCAUACUGAAUCUCUCCUGCCAUUCUUUACCACAGCCUGUAUCUGUAGAGACAACUUCAUUACAAUUCCCGGUGAGCCCAGAUUUCCUGUCAAAUGUACUCAUAAGAUAUGUCUGUGCUAUCCAACACUGGGUUGCUGGCUACCUCAGAAACCUACUACAAUCCUGCUGCAGAUAAGGAACCCCUUCUCUCCUCUGAGCCUGGGGUUUUCCAGAUAAACGGAGCCCUUUCUUAGAGCCCUAAAUUUUGCUACCAACCGUACCUCUAAAUCUUGCUCCUCCAAACAACUCUGCUUCCUGUCCAAACAACUCUGAAACGCUGGACCUUGAAUCUAGGCCCUCGCGGAGGUUUAGCAAGAACCUUAUUGCUGAGCUACUCCCACCACCCGCCUGCAUUGGUAAUUUUCAUAUCAUCGGACCUGUUCACUUGUUCUUUCCGGGGCUUAAGAGUCCUUUUGUCUCCUCUCCCUCUGGGUAACGGUCUUGACCUUAGUUGAUCUCUCAUAUACUCCCACUCAACAGUCACCAUGUGGGUGAUCGUGGGGCUCCUCCAGACAGUCUUUUCUGUUAGACUGCUUGUGCCUGGUGCUUGUCCCUGUGCAGCUCAGGGAUGGUGGCAGGGUCUUCCCUGCGGGGAACUCAAGUGCGUCCAGCAUCCUCAGCUUCUGACGCUGGUCCAGGCUCAGUGAGGUUAAGGAAGACGACUCCGAGGCCCCGCCCUGGACGCGCUCACAGGCGUCAGGGAGGCUGCGAUCUCUGCUGCUUAGCCCGGGGACCGAAACUCGCUUCCUUGGGGCUGAAGGUUUUGGUCGGCCGCAGCAGCAUCUGCUUUGAGAUGUCCAGAUCUCCCCGACAAACGCUCUUGGUACAGACCGGGGAUUCCCCGCCGCUGCCGCCCUGACGUCAUGGAGUCCCCGGGAGGCCCCGCCCCGCAUGAUCGGGCUGGAGCGGUGCGCGGCCGCUAGGGACUCAGCGGCCAUGGCGGGACCCAGCGCCCCCUGCGAUCCCUGCGCGCCCGUUGCCGCCUGGAAGCGCCACAUCCUGCGACAGCUGCGGCAUCGGGACCGCACGCAAAAGGCGCUCUUCUUGGAGCUAGUGCCGGCUUAUAACCAUCUCUUAGAGAAGGCUGAACUGCUAGCCAAGUUCUCAGAAAAGCUGAAGUCAGAACCAAAGGAUGUCAUCUCCACCCCACAUCAGGACUCGAGGGAGGAGGCCUCAGGGACAGGCCCUGACCAAGUCUCAUCACCAGCCUCCCUGAAGGUGAAGUGGCAGCAGGAGAAGAAGGGUCUGCAGCUGGUCUGUGGUGAGUUGCUGAGGAGUCUACUGGGGUUUAGCGAUGUGGACCCUGGACUCGAAACUUCACCCACACAAAUCUACUUUCCGGGAUUCUUUACUCUUUCAACAACUAUUUAUUGACAAUCCAAAGAACAGGGAGUGUGGCCAUAAACAAGACCUGGUGCUGUGGGUUUCCACGGAGACUGCAAUGAGCCAGUAAUCACAAGUCAUCAUGGCACGCCUCCUCACCUGCCCAACACAACAUGGCAGCAGGUUAUGAAGACAUUCGAGGGCCUCUCCCCAGUGUGCUAUGUGGUUAUAAUUUGGGAGUGGUGUGAAAUUAUCAUGAGCAGAUUUAUGUAACCACCAUGAUAUUCCAGUGUUUGUUUACAAGAUCUCUUUCUCGAUAUCUCCUUUUCGUCACACCGGAACAUCUCUAAUCUCUGUCAACCACUCAUCUGUUGCUACCUCUACCUAUCGUUUGAACUUUGAAAGCAAGUGACAGAUGGCCUACCAGGUGGUGAGGAAGAGCGCAGCCCUAAACACCCUGCAGUCACAGCUAGAGGAGCGUCAGGGCAGGCUGGAAGCCCUGCAGGCCUGUGUGGUGCAGCUACAGGAGGCGCGGGCUCAGCAGUCCCGGCAGCUGGAGGAACGGCAAGCGGAGAACUCGGCACAGAGAGAAGCCUACGAGACUCUGCGCGAGCAAGCUGCGCACCAGGAAGCGGCACUGCGCAGGCUCCAGGAAGAGGCACGCGACUUGCUGGAGCAACUUGUGCAGCGUAAGGCGCGCGCCGCCGCCGAGCGCAAUCUACGUAACGAGCGUAGAGAGAGGGCCAAUCAGGCUCGGGUGUCCCAGGAGCUGAAGAAAGCGGCCAAGCGGACUGUGAGCAUCAGCGAGAUCCCAAACACUCUAGAAGAUGGGACCAAAGAGGAGACUGUGGCUCUAGGUCCUGCCGCUAAGCCCGAGUUCCUGGAGAGUGACAGUUGUGAAAAAUGGAAGAGGCCUUAUAGGUCUGCCUCAGCCACCUCUCUGACACUGUCCCGCUGUGUGGAUGUGGUGAAGGGGCUGCUGGACUUCAAGAAAAGAAGAGGUCACUCGGUUGGGGGUGUCUCUGAGCAGCGGUACCAGAGCAUCCCUGUGUGUGUGUCUGCCCAAAUUCCUUCCCAGGCUCAAGAUGUCUUGGAUGCCCAUCUCUCUGAGGUCAAUGCUGUUUGUUUUGCCCCCAAUAGCAGCCUCCUGGCAACUGGAGGGGCAGACCGGCUUAUCCAUCUCUGGAAUGUUGUAGGCGGUCGCCUGGAGGCCAACCAAACCCUGGAAGGAGCUGGUGGCAGCAUCACCAGUGUGGAUUUUGACCCCUCGGGCUCCCAGGUUUUGGCGGCUACUUACAACCAGGCUGCCCAGCUCUGGAAGGUGGGAGAGACACAAUCCAAGGAAACAUUGUCUGGACACAAGGACAAAGUGACAGCUGCCAAAUUCAAGCUAACAAGGCACCAGGCAGUGACUGGGAGCCGAGACCGGACAGUGAAGGAGUGGGACCUGGGCCGCGCCUACUGUUCCAGGACCAUCAAUGUACUUUCCUACUGCAAUGACGUGGUAUGCGGGGACCACAUCAUCAUCAGUGGCCACAAUGACCAGAAGAUCCGGUUUUGGGACAGCAGGGGCCCACACUGCAUCCAGGUCAUCCCUGUACAGGGCCGGGUUACCUCCCUGAACCUUAGCCAUGACCAGCUGCAUCUGCUUAGCUGUUCCCGAGACAAUACGCUGAAGGUUAUCGACCUACGAAUCAGCAAUAUCCGACAGGUGUUCAGGGCGGAUGGCUUCAAGUGCAGUUCUGAUUGGACCAAAGCUGUGUUUAGCCCCGACAGAAGCUAUGCACUGGUGGGCUCCUCAAAUGGCACCCUGUACAUCUGGGAUGUGAACACUGGGAAACUGGAGACCAGCCUACAGGGACCGCACUGCACUGCUGUCAAUGCCGUGGCUUGGUGCUUCUCCGGGAACCAUGUUGUGAGUGUGGACCAAGUCAGGAAGGUGGUGCUCUGGCACUAGUGGCACAAGUUCCCUGUAUGGUUUGGACUCUGUUCUGAAGCCAGAAGCCAGAGAGCAGCUUCCCUGUGCUCAGGACUCCAGAGCUGGGGUUGGGGUCUACUGUAGAAUUCACGUGAGGGCCAGGCAGGACCUGGCCUGUUUGUUUAAAAUCAAAGUGUGGGUUAGGAACUACAGUUCUUGAAAAUCUGUUUACUCUCCUCAGUGUUAAAAACUAUAUGUAAGACAUGUUUUGUCUCUUUGAAGCAUUUGGGGGUAGAGGGAGACUUAGACUUGGCCUCUUCUUCCAUUGAGCUAGGGACAUAUAGUAGAGCUUCUGCCUGGGAGAUGGGCUGUGUCAGUCGAAUCAUGGAAUAACAUGAAGAAAGGCCCAUGCUGGGGUAGCAAAGAGCAGCCUUUCUCUAGGGAGUGGCCCUGAUGGAAAGGGUAAAUAGACUAGAGUGACACUGGAAUAGUUGGUCGUGGCCUGCCUGGAGCCUGGAACCACGGCCUGACCUGUAGUCCUAUCUUCUGAAUGAUGGGUGACCUCCUCCUGCCACUGUCUCCUUCUCUUCUAUGUCACCUCUGCCCCUCACAGCCACAGCACAAGUCUGCAUAGCUACUGUGUUUAGUGCUCCUCUGUUAAGCUUCCUUCACUCCCCUACUCUUGUCCUCAUCAGAGCAGAGUUUCCUUAGCUUUGCUGUUGUCUGGACAGGGUCAUGUUAUGUAACCCUGUCUAGUCAGUUACACAUGUAAUAGCUCAGAGUAGGCUCAGAACUUGUGGAAAUCUGGCUUCAGCCUCAGUGCCUGGAUGGCAGGCAUUUACUGUCCCAGCACUUAGCAUCUAAGGUGUCAUGGUCAGCAUGGUCAGAAGUCCCCUUACGACCUUCAGAGAAGUCCAGCACUUUGGUCUCCUACACAUGCUUCGUCUUCUGCCUUCAGGUACUUUUCUCUCCCAGUAGCAAUUCAGGCUAUCUUUUGGGAUCCCUUUAUUGACAGCUUAUCCUCACCUGUCAGGCUCAGUGCCUGGAUCCCGUACUUCAAGUUUGCCUCCCUUCUCAAAGCUGGGAAGAACUCUAAGAGUAGGAACAGUAUCCCUGCCUCCAGGCCUGGCUCAGAGGCCACAGGAAAUACUUCCUGGGUGGUCAUAUUCUCUGGCUUUGCAAGUUCAACAGUUGAAGGGAGGUUCCAGGGAGUUCCAGGGAUGGCACAUUCUAGUAGUUCAAACUCAACUCCUCAGCCUUGACCUAUCCCCUUGGCGUAGCUCUCAGUGGCCUCCAGGGGUCACUAGUUUCCCGGUCAGCAGGAGGUUUUGUUUUUCCUUCUUUCUGCCUUUCUUCUGGGGAAGACCAACACACCCAGUGGCCACCAUUGUUGAGGAUCACUCAGACCUCAUCUUGUUCUGCUCUCUGCAGCUUUGUUUGUUUUCCCUAAGCACUUGUGAUGCCUCAUGUUCUACAAGUGAGAAAAGAGGCCUGAAGGUUGACAUUCAAGGUCACACAGCUAUACAAAGCUGAAUGGUUCCGCACCACACCGUGCAGGCUUUUAUUUUGAAACAUAGCCUCAAAAGUCCUCCUUUAUGUAGCUGAGUAUGACCUCGUUCCUUCCCUGUGCCUCUGCCUCCCAUGUGCUGCCAUUACAGGCGUAUAUCCCCAUCCCAUAUGGUGUUGGAGAUUGGAACCUUGGGGCUUUCUGUGGGUCAGGAAAGCAAUCUACAAACUACAUUUUCAACCCACAUCCUCUUUUUAUACAGUUAUUUUAUGUGUUUGACUAUUUUGCCUGCUUGUAUGUAAGUGCAUUGUGUGUAUGCUUAGUGCCCACAGAGGAUAACUUAAACUGAAGUUAUGGAUGGUUAUGAGCUGUCAUCUGGCUGCUGGGAAAUGAACCCAGGUUCUCUGCAAAAGGAGCAAGUGCUCUUAACCUAUGAAUUGGUCCUCCAGUCCCUGCGCCACAAAACCAAAAUUUCAAGACAGAGGCUCUCAACCGGCCAGGGCAUUUCCAGCAGGGGUACACAGAGCUGUGCCUAACCCGACUCACCUAAAUGCUCUUCCACCUUGGACUCUGUGCAGAAGAUUAUCUCUGGAGGCAUGUGCUGAGAUGUGUGAGUGAGUCCUAGGAGGCUACUGCACCAGCUCCAGCAUCUGGGCCCAGUCCCUCCAGCUGUUUCUGUCAUACCUCAGGAAGGGGGCUGGAGAGAUGGCUCAGCAGUUAAUUAAAAGCACUCGCUGCUCUUCCAGA